AUGGACGAUCAAUUUAUUCUUCGUCGUGCUGAUAUUCCCGACAUCAAUGCACUAUUUCAACUACGUCAAAAGACUUUUCAAGAAACAUAUGUUGAAGAUUUUUCCAUUCCUUUGUCUAAAAAGGACAUCGACCAUUAUUUUCGUUUAUUCGCAAGUCCAGAAAACUUCGCAAAGAAAAUAGUUGAUCCAAAACGAGCUGUUUGGGUAAUAGAAAAUAAGAUAAAUGGUGAACUUAUCGGCUUUGCGUCAGCUGAUCCCUGUGAUGAUAUUCCUCAUCCUGAUGUUCGAUCAAAUGAAGAUGCACUACUUAGUUCACUAUAUAUUCGACGUGAUCAGCAAAAUCAUGGAUUCGGUCAACAAUUGAUGAAUGCUGUUUUAUGUUGGUCAGAAGAACACUAUUCUGAAGGAUCUAUAUGGCUCGGUGUAUGGUUUAAGAAUAUUAAGGCACAAAAGUUUUAUGCACAUUAUGGUUUUAACAACGUUGGUGAAUUUGAUUAUUCUAUCGGAGAAGGAAAACUUCAAACUUGCAUCAUGAAACGUCAAUUGAAUUCGAUGAAACACUUUUGA